AUGGGCUUGGCUACGAAUUUGGCUUUCCCAUCUGGGAGGCUGAAAAUCUUUAUUUCACCCAUCCACAGGGACGAAGAUGACAUUCUUCCGUACGAAGAUGUGAAGCGGCAAGAUAGUGACCUGUCAGCUGAAGAAAGAAUAUUUUUGGAAGAGUUUCCCAUCUUGAAAGGGGAGCUGGAAGUGGGCACCAGAAGGCUCCGUGCCCUUGCAGACCACGUCGACACAACCCACAGAACACUCACCAAGACCAGCAUGGUGGCCAAUUCCAUCGCUGUGGUCUCAGGAGCCAUGAGCAUCCUGGGCUUGGUCCUUGCUCCGGCAGUAGCAGGAGGAAGCCUGGUACUCUCCGCUGCUGGUAGAGUUUUGGGGAAAGCAGGGGAGGUCACCAGCACCUUGACCAACGUUUUGGAACGCUUGCACAGUCAAGAAGCCCAGGCUUAUGUCGGUAGCCUAAUGCCCACCCGUGGCCAAGAGGUCAGGAGAGCUGGGGCAGCCUAUGUCGUGGCUGCCGGAAAGGUGGUCCAGAGUUGUGAAAGCACCAUCGAGGAUAUCCAGAGGAGCAUCCGUGCCUUUCAGAUAGCCAGGGCCCACCCGCGCCUGGCCACUGCUGCCGAGAGUCUCCUGACCACCGGCCAAGUCUCAGCCCGAAGGAGCAGCCAGGUGCAAAGGGCUUUUGAAGGUACCACGCUGGUGAUGACCACAAACGCUCGCUUGCUGGGUACUGCAAUGGCUGGCUUCUCCCUCAGCGUGGGCUUGGCCUCCCUCCUGAAGGACUGGAAGCAGCUGAAGGAGGGAGCAAAAUCAGAGCUUGCGGAAGAGCUAAGGGCGCAGGCUUGGGAGCUGGAAAGGAAGCUGACGGAACUCACCCAGUGCUAUGAGAGCCUGCAGCGGAAGAAACUCUCCCAAGAAAAAAAGUCUGUGAGGUCCUCUUCGGAAGGAACCAUGGGGACUGUACCUCUGCCACCAGCCGGGCGUGGGAAAGAAGGAUCCCACGGGACAGGAGAGGAUGAAGGCAAUUGAGCCCAGGGGCCUCUGAGUGGAAGAAAAGGGGACCACGGCGGUGGUGGGGCAAGGUUGGCAGAGGCAACGCCUGGAGACUCAGCGGCUGACAGGUCUACGAGGGUCUUGAGGGCUCUGUCAGCGGUGAGUGUCACACUGUAAGUUAAGGGAGGUCAGCCUGUCCCAUCCCUCCCUCCUUCAUGUGUGUAACUCAUUUCUUGGACUCCUUCAGCCCCCCUGCUCCCUCCCUCGCAUACAGAGUCAGCCCAUGUGAAACGUGUAUUAUUUGACCCCAGGCUCUAUAUUAAGUGCUGACAUCAGACAGAAGGGCUCCGGGAAUGAAGGGUAUGUUGUGUUCUCUCUUCUGUAUCAGCUCAGCUUGUGUUGGCUCUCUGUCCUCCCCCCCACCCCAACCUGGGCAGUAAUCGCUGGAGAAGAUUCUGGGUUUGCACAAAAAAGGAUAGGGAGGGUGGGAGGGAGGGAGACGCAAGAGGGAAGAGAUAUGGGGACAUAUGUAUAUGUAUAACUGAUUCACUUUGCUGUAAAGCAGAAACUAACACACCAUUGUAA